GCAGUGUACAGACUCAGGUACUCAGUGCAGGAAUGGUGGGAAUCCCUCACAAUGGACACAGCAGGUGUACAUACAGACCCAGGAAUUCAACACAGGGACAGUGGGAAACCCUAAUAAUGGGUAAAGCAGGUGGGCAGACCCUCGAAUCUCAGCACAUGGAUGGUAGGAACCCCUCAUAAUGGGCACAGCAGGUGUGCAUACCCAGAACCUCAGCACAGGGAUGGUGGGAACCCCUAGUAAUGGCGCAGCAGGUGUACAGACCCAGGAAUUUAGCACAGGGAUGGUGGGAACUCCUCCUAAUGGGCAGAGCAGGUGUACAGACCCAGGAACUCAGCACAGGGGAUGGUGGGAAUUUCUCAUAAUGGGCGCAGCAGGUGUGCAGACCUGGAACCUCAGCACAGGGAUUUGGGGAACCCUCAUAAUGGGCACAGCAGGUGUACAGACCCAGGAAUUUAGCACAUGGAUGGUGGGAACUCCUCCUAAUGGGCAGAGCAGGUGUGCAGACCCAGGACUCUCAGCACAGGGAUGGUGGGAACCCCUAGUA